GGCUGGGCCGAGAGUCCAGCAGCUGCUGGCUAGGACUUCAGGGACUUCCUUGUUGUGAGUCCCGGCCCAGCAGUGUCCGGACUCGUAGCACCGCUGUCCUUACCGGGACCACUAGUACGAGUCUAGGUCGCAGCCGCAACCUCAGCCCGUCGGUCCCCCUUUCAGCACAGGUCUUUUUCCCGCACGCCCCGCGCUCCCUAACAUGCCCAACCCCAGCAGCACCUCCUCUCCCUACCCCCUCCCUGAGGAAAUUAGGAACCUGUUGGCAGAUGUUGAAACAUUUGUGGCAGACACACUGAGAGGGGAAAAUUUAUCCAAGAAAGCAAAGGAAAAGAGAGAAUCCCUUAUUAAGAAGAUAAAAGAUGUAAAGUCUAUCUAUCUUCAGGACUUUCAAGACAAAGGUGACGCAGAAGAUGGGGAAGAAUAUGAUGACCCUUUUGCUGGACCUCCAGACACUGUAUCCCUAGCCUCAGAAAGAUAUGAUAAAGAUGAUGAAGCUCACUCUGAAGGAAACCAGUUUCCUCCAAUUGCAGCGCAGGACCUUCCUUUUGUUUUAAAGGCUGGCUACCUUGAAAAACGCAGAAAAGAUCACAGCUUCCUGGGAUUUGAAUGGCAGAAACGCUGGUGUGCUCUCAGUAAAACAGUGUUCUAUUAUUAUGGAAGUGAUAAAGACAAGCAACAGAAAGGUGAAUUUUCAAUAGAUGGUUACAAUGUCAGAAUGAAUAACACCCUUCGGAAGGAUGGGAAGAAAGAUUGCUGUUUUGAAAUCUCUGCUCCUGAUAAACGUAUCUAUCAGUUCACAGCAGCUUCUCCCAAAGAUGCCGAAGAAUGGGUACAGCAGCUGAAAUUUGUAUUACAAGACAUGGGAUCUGAUGUUAUUCCUGAAGACGAUGAUGAAAGAGGAGAAUUAUAUGAUGAUGUUGACCAUCCCUUACCAACCAGCAGCCCACCAGCAAGCAGCCAACCAACUGAUGAUGAAAUUUAUGAAGAACUCCCAGAAGAGGAGGAGGACAAUGUUCCUGCACAAGUGGAGGAACAAAGGAAGAUGAACCAGGACAGUGCUCUUCCCAGCACAGGAGAUAAAAGCACCGAUUACGCGAAUUUUUACCAGGGUUUGUGGGACUGCACAGGAGCUCUUUCCGAUGAGCUGUCAUUUAAACGUGGUGAUGUGAUUUACAUUCUUAGCAAGGAAUACAAUAGAUAUGGCUGGUGGGUAGGAGAAAUGAAGGGAGCCAUUGGCUUGGUGCCGAAAGCCUACAUAAUGGAGAUGUAUGAUAUUUGAGAGUCCUGGCAGGAAAAAAUCAACAUUUCACUGGAAGAAAAAAAUUCAAAUGCAGCUUUCCUUUUUUGCCUACAGAAAAGGAAGAUUCUCCUGCUCGUCUGUAAACGCUUUGGAUUUAAAAUCAACUUGAGAGCAUGAGUGGCAGUUUGUAACCUUUUUGUGUUUUGUUAAACAUUUUUCUUUGUUAUUUUAUGCAUUCAUUAUAAUAUUCCUCUGACGUGAAAUUACGUAAAGAAUAUUAAUUAAGUUAGAGGCAAGCAGUAAAGUUGUACCUGUUGCUGUUUUGCGAAGACGAAAGUCUCGUUUUUAUUCGCUCAUUUGAUUUGUGUGAAGAAUUCAGCCCAAUUUUAUAUGUUCCUCACAGUCACUGCUGCUUUUGGUGAUUUCGGUAAUUUCUCUUCCUAUUGGAUGUCAGUGAUAUUUUAGAGUGUAAUAUAUAAUUUCAUGGAAAUUUUAAUUAAAUCUAUCAUGUAAGCUUUUGGUAGAUGAUAUCUGAAGACUGUGGCUUUGUUCAAACUUUGUAGAGGAUCGAUCGUGGUGCUUAUUUUUCACACAGUGACAUGUUUUCAUGAAAGAAUUUGGACUGAUUUUUGCCUCGUGUUGAAGAAAGCCACAGGAAAGAAAGAAUGACAGAGCCCCCGGGACACAUGUGCAGCCCAGAGCCACAGCGUGCGUGAAGCCCCUUAUCAGGAACACACAGCCCACCCUGGAGACGGGCUGGCUGACGUUUUCCACCAGAGUUGUGUUUAAAUUUAAUAAAAUGAAAAAAUUCAUCGGAAAGCCCCUCCUGCCUCCUACAGCGCCACAGAGGAUCCCCCUUCUCAAAGUGAGAAGGUCUAACGGAGCACUGUCCGUCGUGCCGGCUCAUCGCUGUGCUGCUCAGUUCCUGCCACAAAACAGUAGGGCUCCGGGUUGGGGGUGGGGGGGCGUUGAGCUGUGCUUCUCAGAGCCAUGAGGAGGAAAGGAAGGGCUCCGAGAGGAGAGCCUGGAAGUCAUGGUGGGAACAGGUACCAACAGGUGAGUGGGAAGGUGUAGGGUGAGCCUGACUUCAAAGGAAUGUGCUGGGCUAACCGAGCAGGCUUUUUGCAGUUAUAACCUGACCUUUUUCCUGUAUGUUUGAAGUCGGGGGGUUGUAAAUGCCAACGGGGUAUCAGUGUGGCCGUGAUAUUGAAAUAUAGAUAUCUGUCUAUCUAUAUAUAUCUAUCUCCCAAAAUGUACUGAUGAUUGGAUCAUUACAGAGUCACCUAAUAUUGAAUCAUUGAUUAGUAGCCACUAUUUUUGUUGAACUUUCCAGAUCUUUGCUUUAUAAAGAUUCUAGCUGUGAACAUACUGAUAUUUAACCCCCCUUAUUUAUAGAAAAUUAUUUAUAAGCAAUAUUUCAGAACUUACGUUUUACCAUUGUCUUCUGUGAUCAUCUGAAUUCAAAUGUAGUGAAACUGAUUUUUUAGUUUUUGGGAUUGUGGGUAAACUCUCAUUUAUGUAAAUUAGACGUUGUCGAGUUAGAGCUUUCAGAAAUUAAUUUGUGCCCUCGUUUAAUCUUGUCCUAAUAGAGAGCCAUUGGAGUCGAUUGAAAUCAUCUUGGCAAAAGUGAGAUGACCGGAGAUAAAUUUAGCGGUCUGUUUUUUUAAAGGCUGAGAGAUUGAAAAGCAAAAAGCAGCUGUGGGUUUCCCUUGAACGUGUAGUCUCGGUUGUAGAUACAGGUUUUGGGCUUCUUUCUGGUUUGAGUGAAAAUUUCAGGGCUGGGCCAGUAGGUGGCAGCAGCUUUUCAUCGCAUACCCAAGCCCUGGGCACCCCCUCCCCCAUUCGGGCACAAGCUUGAGCAGAAUGUAAAGCAUGUAAAAGAUUUUUGCCUCCUUUUACAGUUAAUCCAGGAGAGGGAGUCCUUUGCCAACUGAUGACCAACAAUUCCAAGCCAGAUAGUCUCUGUGAAUGGUGACAAUACAGAUAUAAAGUGUUACUUCUGUCCAGAGCUCCUCUGGCCUUUGUUCUUGUUUAACUUGAACAUAGGUGGGAGAUAAGAAAGGAGACAAAAGAUUUAAAAUGAAAGUGACAGGGAAAAUAAUCAUUACUUUCAACUCAUGACUACUUUAUAUUCAUUUGGUGAAAUCAUUUGUAUACUACCAGGGAGAAAGUUUUCUUUACACCCUUGACAAUAUAUCACACUCUCUUCAAGAUCAUAAUAAUAUCAUUAAUGUGCAUUUAAACAACAUGGCUUGUUAGAAAAUAUGCUAAUUGCUAUGUUCUCAUUAUGUUUGCUUAGCUUUUAUUUGUUUUUCUAUGAACAGUUAGAGAGCUAAUUUUUUUCAAAGGUGAUUGUAAGUCAUAUUUUAUAUAGCAUUUUGCUUGAUUAUUUGCUCUGUACUGAAUUUGUACUCUAUUGCCAUUAGAUCUUACAAUAAUGUUCCACUCUGCAAAUUUUUAAGGUUCAAAUAAAGUUUAAUUGUUUGCAAACUGU